GUAAAUUUGUAUUUUAUGAUUGACUUCGCGUUCAACCAAUCGUCGUGUUCUCUGGGCGGCAUCCUCUCCGCUAGUCUGCAUUCCCGUUGCUGUGAAGGGCACUCACUCGCGGAGCUUGGCAAGGUAAGAACUGGAAUAAUGGCAGGACACGACGCAGGAUCUCAGCACCACUUCACUGGUUUCCAGAAAUAUUUCAAUGCCUACACCAUAACGGGCAGGAGGAACUGCGUACUAGCAACAUAUGCAGGCAUUGCUGCCAUUGUCCUGUUUUUCAAACUGAAGCCCAAGAAGCAGACCCCAGCAAUUACUGCAAAAUAAUUCAUGGUUCCAGUUGUUCUGUUAUGGAGAGUGAGUCACGUUUUGUUUGCAUCAUCAACGCUGCAGCUGAAUUCUUAAGUUAUCAAUGUUGAAAAAAUAAAGAAAAUGAAACUCAAA